AUGCCUGAACCUACUGAAGAAACUUGGAAAACGGUAGCGCAAAAAUAUAAGGAUAUGUGGCAUUUCCCAAAUUGUAUUGGUGCAAUAGACGGCAAACAUAUUAACAUUGAAUGUCCUAUUAAUUCUGGAUCAACGUUUUUUAAUUAUAAAGGAAGCCACUCAGUUGUAUUAUUAGCAUUAGUUGAUACUGACUACAAAUUUAUCGCGGUUGAUGUGGGUUCAUAUGGCCGGAAUUCUGAUGGCGGAAUUUUUUCUAAAUCAAUAAUUGGCAAGAGAUUAAGCAGUAACACGUUUAAUGUACCGAAACCAAUUCCUAUAAUUGAUAACAGCGAUCCACAACCAUAUGUAGUUGUUGGUGAUGAGGCAUUCCCACUAACAACUUAUUUACUUCGCCCAUACAGCCGAAAUUAUUUAAGAGAUAAUGAACCUAAUAAGAUUUUCAACUAUAGAUUGUCUCGGGCAAGACGUGUAGUCGAGAAUGCCUUCGGUAUACUAGCUGCACGAUGGAGAUGUUUUAGAAAAAACUUAGAGGUACAACCGGAAUUCGUUGACAAAAUUGUGUUAUCAUCAUGCUGUUUGCAUAAUAUGCUGCAGUGCGCAGAUAAUGGUUUUGAACCAGAGGACACAUCAACACAAAAUACCGACUCAGCUCUCACGAAUUUAGAUUUUUUGAGAAGAAAUUGUACUCGUGAGGCGUUUAAUGUUAGAGAGACAUUCAAAGAGUAUUUCAUUUCUGAAGUUGGUCGUGUCCCAUGGCAACUUGAUAGAGUUCGUAAAGGAAGAAACACAUAA